UUUUUAACGUUUGAGUUAUGAAUGAGGAUGACCUCUGCAAUCAUGAUGUCUCCCAUAGGCCUUUACUGCUCACUUGCCAGCCUCUGAUGCAUGGUCCUUACGCUUCUGUCAUUUACUUCGCUCCGGCUCACAGCCUUCAGCUGCCUUAACAACAACUCUGGAGACCUUUAAAAGGAAAUAAAUGGAGGAUCACUUGUUGCUGUCUCAUUUUCAUUAAAAUCAGACAUCCUAGAGACGGCAAAAACGUGGCCCGGGGAGGGGCUGGUGCUGCUGGGAUCGUUGUGUGUCAGACAGCACCAUGGAGAGCCCCGGGUCUGGGUCUCAGCCACGUUGUUGCUGAGGCAGCUGAGGUCUCAUGUCCCCCCCUGACGACCACAGAUAGACAGUAGUGGAACCAGGAUCCUCAAGCCAAGCCCCUUUCUGCAUAAACAGAAAAGGGAGCCCUGUGAGCCUUGCCCUGUUUCCAGGGGGCAAGAGCCUCUCCCUGCCCCGAGCCCAUCCCCUCCCUUUGGCAGAGUUCAGCACCCGUUUGCCAAUCAAAAGAAAUAUAAAGCAACAAAGACCGAAGCAGAUUCUGACCUCUUAAGAGGGAAACCAAAUUUACCCCCCAUGGGCCCCAUAGCCCCUCAAACUGGAUCCACUACUGACCGGAGAACUCCGAUGGGGAGCCCUGUGCGGACUGGGUCGGAAGCUGGAAUCCGAUGCUCUGCACGCCAGUGCUCAGAAGUGUGGUUGGUUUUGAGGCACCACCUUCGAUCCAGAACAUUCGCGUUUCACCUUCCUGGCCCAGAUCCGGUUAUCAAGCACACCACCCUGGGAAGUGCAUGUCACAGACCAACUCCACCUUCACCUUCACCACCUGUCGCAUCCUGCAUCCUUCAGACGAGCUCACACGGGUCACGCCAAGCCUUAACUCAGCCCCGACUCCAACUUGUGGCAGCACCAGCCACUUGAAGUCCACGCCGGUGGCCACGCCGUGCACUCCCCGGAGACUGAGCCUGGCUGAGUCCUUCACUAACAUCCGCGAGUCCACAACCACCAUGAGCACAUCGCUGGGGCUGGUGUGGCUGCUGAAGGAACGGGGCAUCUCUGCGGCAGUGUAUGACCCGCAGAGCUGGGACAGGGCUGGCCGAGGCUCCCUCCUGCACUCCUACACCCCCAGGAUGGCCGUGAUCCCCUCCACUCCGCCCAACUCGCCCAUGCAGACACCCACGUCUUCCCCGCCCUCCUUUGAGUUCAAGUGCACGAGCCCUCCCUAUGACAACUUCCUGGCCUCCAAGCCAGCCAGCUCCAUCCUGAGGGAGGUGAGGGAGAAGAAGCCCGUCCAGAGCAGUGAGAGUCAGACAGAUGUGUCUGUCUCCAACCUCAACCUCGUGGACAAAGUGAGGAGGUUUGGUGUGGCCAAAGUGGUGAACUCAGGGCGAGCCCACAUCCCCACCUUGACUGAGGACCAGGGACCUCUCCUCUGUGGGCCCUCGGGCCCAGCACAGGCCCUUGUCCCUGGAGGACUGGGACCCGAGGGCCUGCCUCUCGGCUGUCCCAGCGUCACAAAUGCCAUGGGUGGGCUGCAGCUCAGCAGUGGCAUCCGGCGGAAUCGCAGCUUUCCCACCAUGGUGGGGUCCAGCAUGCAGAUGAAGGCCCCUGUGACUCUCACCUCAGGCAUCUUGAUGGGUGCUAAGCUCCCCAAACAAACCAGCUUGCGGUGAGGGUGGCAGGGGGGCCCUUCCUCGGAGGAGACCAGUCUUGUCCUUCCUCCCUCGCUUCCCCCCUGCACUGCGCGCUCUCUCUUCCCUCUGCGCCCAUCCCCUCCUGAGCUAGACAAAUCAACCUUGUGCCUAAUGGAGGAAGAGUGGAGACUUUGUAAAAUGUGUACAUAGGACUUGGAGACCAGUAUCCGACCUGCCCUUUCUUUAGAUCCCACGGGCAGUGCCCCUGCACUGUCAUUGCUCUCCUGAGGACUUCACCUGUGCUAGCCUGGUGGGGCAGGGCAGGCAGGUGUCCUUUUCUCCUCUUGUCCUUUGAGAAGCACUGAAACUCCCCAGGGCGUUCUUAUCCCAUGGAUAGGAAACCAGGGAACUUAUGGCUGGCUGCCAGUGUGCUUGUCGUGAGCUGUCACACGGCACAGGGCACAAUGACCCCCCCCGCCCCAUGUCAUUGGGCACCUCGCCUCGCCCACCCCUGUAAGAGCGUAAGGAACCUCCAUUGUUGGCCACAUGCAGCUGGCAUGGCUUUCAGGACCAGAGAGCUGUUCUUUCUUUUAUGGGUGGCCCAGCUCCUUCAGGACCUUCGUUACACUGCCUCAGUGGAUGGUUGCUUCUUUUUUGAGGUGUGACUUUUGCUCUCCACGCCUUCAACCUGAAGUCAUCCUUCAGUGUCUUGCAUUCAGCUGUCAGGCCAGACACCUGACCCGAAAGAGAAUGUGUUUACACUCCCACUGAACCAAUUUGCAGCCCCUGUGGGCUGUGUGUGUCCUGAUUCAAUUUUAUAUUUGUAGGCAGAGAAGUAGCGGUCCUAGGUGGGGAAGGCCCAGUGUCUGCUCUCUCUGUGGUUCUAUGACAUCAAAGUACAAGCGGCAAACACACCAGGCCCCUAAGGAGAUAGCAGCUUAUUUCUGGGACCCAGCAGCACAACCUCAACAGUAGCAUUGAAAGGAAAGGGGGCAGGGAAAAGGUUGUGAAUGAAAUCGUUCAACAGUCAAAGGAAAAAGAACCACAACCAAACAUAAUACUAACCUGGUUUAUGAGAGAAACGAGGCUUUGGCCUUCAGCUGAGACCCAAGUCUGUCCACAUGCUUUACUUCCGUGGUCUUUCGUGGCAGCCAUUCAACCCCCACAUAUUUUGCCCUCUUGCUUUAGAACAGAACAGUCACCACAAGGUAUUCCUUCUCCCGAAAGCCUUCCAUCUCCCGGGGCCACUGUUAUCCUUAGGAAAAUAUGGAGGUGCUUGUGAGACGCACAUGAGUGAGCAAGGGAGCCUGGUCCCGCCACUGUCGCCGAAUGAGUUUUGGACUUUUAUUUAUUAUUUAUAUAUGCUGUAUUUUAAACAAGCGUCUUCUCUCCAGCUCCGGUCACAGUGUCUGUGGCAUCCCCGUCUGGGCAGGUUGUUUAUUUAUUUUAAUCUGAAGACUACAGUGUACCUCACGGUGUCCCGUGGCCAUUUGUUUCCGACAUUUAUGCAAGGAUAGCAUCACAUGCAAAUGAAAUUGCCACUUUGCAUCCCUCGUCCCCCUCCUCCCUUGGCAAAGGAUGUGUCAUUCAACUGAAGGAGUGUAACCUUAUGUCCACACGAGAUACUGUAAGAAAGUCCCCAGGAACGAGCCUCGGUCCCAAGAUUUCAGACUAUUUAUUCUGUGAACACGAGGGUGUUGGUCAAUUACAUUUUCAACACCC